ACAGAGGCCCGGCACAACCUUCCUGUGUGGUUUCACCCGCCGAGAGUGUCAUGGACCUGGGGAAGCCAAUGAAAAGCGUGCUGGUGGUGGCUCUCCUCGUCAUUUUCCAGGUGUGCCUUUGUCAGGAUGAGGUCACGGACGAUUACCUCGGCGAAAACACCACAGUGGACUACACGCUGUACGAGUCCGUGUGCUUCAAGAAGGAUGUGCGGAACUUUAAGGCCUGGUUCCUCCCGGUCAUGUACGCCAUCAUUUGCUUCGUGGGCCUGCUGGGCAACGGGCUGGUCAUGCUGACCUACAUCUAUUUCAAGAGGCUUAAGACCAUGACCGAUACCUACCUGCUCAACCUGGCCGUGGCAGACAUCCUCUUCCUCCUGACCCUUCCCUUCUGGGCGUACAGCGCAGCCAAGUCCUGGGUCUUUGGGAUCAGCGUUUGCAAGCUCAUCUUUGGCAUCUACAAGAUAAGCUUCUUCAGCGGCAUGCUCCUGCUUCUUUGCAUCAGCAUUGACCGUUACGUCGCCAUCGUCCAGGCCGUCUCGGCCCACCGCCACCGCGCCCGUGUCCUGCUCAUCAGCAAGCUCUCCUGCGUGGGCAUCUGGAUGGUGGCCGUGGUCCUCUCCACCCCGGAGCUGCUGUACAGCGGCAUCCAGAAGAGCAGCAGCGAGCAGGCGCUGCGCUGCUCCCUCAUCACCGAGCGCGUGGAGGCCUUGAUCACCAUCCAGGUGGCCCAGAUGGUGGUGGGCUUUCUGAUCCCCCUGCUGGCCAUGAGCUUCUGCUACCUCGUCAUCAUCCGCACCCUGCUCCAGGCGCGCAAUUUCGAGCGCAACAAGGCCAUCAAGGUGAUCAUCGCCGUGGUCGUGGUCUUCAUAGCCUUCCAGCUGCCCUACAACGGGGUGGUCCUGGCCCAGACAGUGGCCAACUUCAACAUCACCAGCGGCACCAGCUGCGAGCUCAGCAAGCAGCUCAACAUCGCCUAUGACAUCACCUACAGCCUGGCCUGCGUCCGCUGCUGCAUCAACCCUUUCCUGUACGCCUUCAUCGGCGUCAAGUUCCGCAGCGACCUCUUCAAGCUCUUCAAGGACUUGGGCUGCCUGAGCCAGGAGCAGCUCCGGCAGUGGUCCUCGUGCCGGCACACCCGGCGGUCCUCCAUGAGCGUGGAGGCCGAGACCACCACCACCUUCUCCCCAUAGGAGGCUCCCCAGCCUGGACUAGAGGGACCGCUCCUGGGGUCCCCCGGUCGGGACAGGGAGCAGAUGACUCGGGGACCGACAGCUGCUGAGGGAAAGGCCGUUCUGGCCAUUCGGGUUUAUCUUGUGGUGAAAAAUCUGCGCCACAGAAGACAGAUGAGCCCCAGCCCUGGCUACCUCAAGCAUGGUUGCGGGGAGACGUGGUUGACGAGCUACCCCAGAUCCGGCAAUACUCCAAAACCGAGGCUGUUGUCCCCGAACCCGAAGGCAAAGGUGAAAGUCAAGGAAGAAUUCGCGCCUCCUGGUGUGAAGGGAUCAGCGCUGGUGAGAGCUAGGGUGGCUGGCGGAAGGAGCCUGGCGAGUCCUCUGAACCAACCUUCUUCUAACCUGGAAAGCAUCCCCACUGAGAUUCAAGAUCUGAGGCCAGGUCGUCCAGAAAGCAAAGCUUUGUCUCCAAGACUAGAGACAGUGGGGCAACCUCUCACCUGGGCAGGGGAAGGGGAUGCCGAUGGGUCAGACUAACUCUCUGAAUCCCUCCCUCCAUCUCUCUUUCUCCACUGUCACCCCAGCCAGCAAAAACGCAGCCUCCAGGUCUCCUAACAGGACACUUGCCCCUCGCCUGCCGCCUCCCUGGCUCUUGCAUCGUAGGCUUACUCUCCAUGCUGAAAGGGUGUGGUGUUUCCUGCAGGCCAGGCCCAGCCAAAGCCACCUUCCCAGCCAGGGCUCUGGGGCAGGGAUGAUGUCUGGCCAUCCCUUCUCAGGCCUCAGCUCUGCUAGGAUGGGAGGAGAAGGCAGGGAGAGAGGUUAGGGCCCGGGGGAGGGUGACAAUGCCGGCUGCCACCAGGACAAAAGAAACCUCUCAUCCUGUUCUGCUUUCAAUUAAUUACGAGAGCACAAUUUACUCAUACACAAAUAAAAGUUUUCCCAUGAGGAAAUAACAGCUUCAAAAGAAAGGAAAAAAAUUUUUGUUAAAUGGCAAAUGAGUGUGUUUUUGUUUUGCGAACCCCACUCCCCACUGGACCACACCAACAUCCCUCCUUGCCCCCAGGCUUCCUUUCUCAGAGAUGCUCAGAGGGACGAGGUCUCUGGAGCUCUGCCCUGAGUCCUUCAGAUGACAAAGACCCAAGAAGCUGAAAAAGGUAGGAGGAGCAGAAGGACAGGGUGUCCAUCUUGCAAACACCCUCCCAAAGCUCAUGGGACAGAAACCAAGCUUGUGUGGUCAGUGGUGACAUGGGUCUGAGCCGAGCCUCGGAAAGAACCAAGUUGUUACUGUAACCUCUAUGGUUGGGAAUCCUCCCUGACCUUUAGUGACAUUUAUACACUGUCCUGCUCAUCUGUCCCAGCUCAAUCUGGACCUAGAGCCCCUGAACCUAGGUCAGUCCCCUCAGGCUCCCAGAACUGGUGUUUAGGGAGGGCCUCUCCCUGGCAUCCAUCUACAGAGGCAUCCCAGAUCAAGGGGGCUUGGGACGGGACCCACGUGAUAGGUGGCACCCUUCACUGGAUGCUUGAGAGCCAGGUGCACCCCUGAACUUCCCUACUGGCCACUAUUGCAGCAAUGGCCUUUGGUGGUGUGUAUACCCAGCAUGGAGGGUCUGGGAUCGAGGAGCAGCCACUGGCCCCACCACAGGCCCACUGGGUGCCCAGACCCCAACUUCUCCAAGCACAGGAGAAGGUUAGUCCAACCUGUGAUGUAUGAGGAAGUGUCUGAAGGGUCCCGGCGCUGCAAUAGCUCCAGGUCUAGAGCUGGGGCAGUGGGGGCUGAGACACUCAUGCCAAAGGUGAUUCCAUUAAUUGUCCGAAGUGAAAAGAGCCUCUUUGAAAACAGAGCCUGCCUGGCAAUGAAACUCUUUCUCUUAUCUCGUAAGUUCAUGACCUGACCCUCCUCCGCAGACGUACUGCGCAAGAUUUGUCAGCCGGGCUCCCAGCUGGGAGUCAGCACCCAGACAAGGAUGAGGCUGGCCCCAGGUGCGGUCAGCGUGGAGCAGCAGCGCCUGAAGCCGUAUUAAAUAUUAAUAGGAGCGGCUGCGAGUGUGUGUGGGUGGGAGGGGGACCCAGCACAACUUGGGGGCCCAGAGGGCACCAUGCCCAGUGCGUGUGGGUGCAGGGGCCGCAGGUCUGCCCAUCCUAGUGAGGUUACAGUUGGGAAAAAUGACCCUCCGAUCCUCCAAUCCUCUGUUCCCGAAGGGGAGGAAUGUAACAGAGCUGUCGUGAACAGGAAGUCAGGCCAACCACACAAACACGCCACCUCGGCUUCAGAUACAUUUUUCUAAAAUAACUGGACGUCUCCAAGUAUUUACAAAACCCCCAGCAAUGUUCGUUCCCCAAAAAGCUGUGUCCCAGAAGUUCUGACCUCGGUUUGUUGCUGGCCCGGGUCCUGCUCCCUUGCCCAAUGCUCUCACGUGCCCACCCUGAGCUUGAAGGGUGGUGGCCUGGGUGGAAGGAGGGGACUCACUGGGGAACCCCACCUCCAGCCCUGCACAGGGCCUCUCUCUCUCUUUUCUCUCAGCUGCUUCAUACAACUGCCCCAUCUUCCCAGGUUCAGGGCCCCCACGGCCCCCACCUCCAACAGUUUUCCCCUUCUUUCCAUUGCCAGCCCCUUGACCCCCGCUCCUCCACCCCCUACUACAAUCCCAGGCUGCAUAUCUGCCCUUUUAGCCAGAAGCCCCACACCUCUCAAAUCAUGGACUCACAGAGCUACGAGGGACCCCAAAGUCAGCGGGUCCAAGCCCCAAUCCUUCUCUAGUUGGGGAAACUGAGGUCCAGAGGGAGGAACAGACAUGCUUUUUAAAGAGACUUUGCAACUUGCUUUGAGGGCCUGAGGAUCUGGCGGGACUCAGGAGGCAGAUGCGGGAAUCUCAUCUCUGCAGCUUCCCAGCUGUGUGACCUUCAGCUGUUGCUCAACUGCUCUGAGUCUCAGAUUUCUCAACUGCGAAACGGAGAGGAUUUGGCAAACAUUUAGCACAGUGCCUGGAAUGCUGAGUGCAGUGGGGAGGCACGCGGACUCUGCAGCCAGACUUGCCUGGUUGGAAUGUCAGCUGCACAACUUGGGCUGAUUACUUAGUCUCUCUGCGCCUUGGUUUCCUAAUCUGUAUACGGGGACGAUCACAGUACCUACAUCCUAGGGUUGAUGUGAGUAGAUGAAUUCAUGUACAUAAAAUGCUAAGAAAUCCUUACAAAA